GUUGAGUUUCUGUGGAAUUGUGUUCAAGUAGAAACUUGCUCUAUAUAUUGUUUCAACUGCUGUUACUCACAAACUGAGGAUCAGACUAAUUUCUGCCUCCAGACAGAUUUUUCUACCACUUAUUGAAUUAUGAUUGAUUCUGCUGUUCAGAUGAAAGUCCUUCCUUUUCAUGUUAAUGUCACUGUUGUGCCACUGGUCAAAUUUGAGUAUCCAACAGUCAUCCCAUAAAACAGAUGUGCAGGAUUCAGGAUAGGCAGGCAGAUAACCUGAGGGAUAAUGGCACCUGUCCCCCCCACAAGUCCCUUCACUAAUCCCAGCUCCCAGCCUGAAAAGAACCCCCUCUGGUGACUGUUGCCCUCUAAUCAAACAGCAGGUUACUGUCUGCUUGUUAUCUAGUCUUUGGCCCCAGGGCUAUGCUGCCUCUGCCUGCUGGUUUAAUCCACCAUGGAUCACAUAUUGAGGAGAAACUCUUUGGUCUGUGAUAAACAAGGACUGUAUAUCACUAAAGAACAAUAUAUAUAAAGGCAAUAUAUGACCUUGACUGUGGCAUUCUUGACUGUGGCUCAAUUCUCCCAAAUUAAAAAGCACCCCUUUAUUACUUAUAUAUUACCUCUAGUGAUAUCUAUCCUUGUUUAUAGGUUGUUGACAGCUGUUGACAGUGUAUUAUGUAGAUUAUCCAGAAAAUGGGACACUGUUUCUGGAAAGAGAUAUUGCUGUUAAAUCUUUAAAAAUAUAUAAUUUUUCAAUGCUUUGAGCACCAUAAUGUAAUGACUGGAACACAGUUUGGAAUCAAACUCAUGACUUGAGACACAUCAGUUCACAAACACAGUUCUUUAAUCCAAAAACAGAUCAGUGACACGCUGGCAGUCAGACACAUCAAACAAAUCCAGAUGCCAAAGGCAAAAAGGCAGAGUCCAAAAACGAGCAAGAUUCACAAAAACACACUGAGACAUAAAUGAGGGAAAAAGGCUGGAACUCUAGACACAAAGGAACUACAAGAAGGGAAGGUGAAUAACAAGACACAGGUGUAGACAAUCGGAGCGGGGAAGACAAUCAAAGAUGCCCGCUCGCUGCAGGAAUGCGGUGAACAUUGUGCUCACCACCCUUUUUGCUGCGGUGGUCCUAUUCACCAUCCUGCUGGCCUAUGUCACGGGUUACCAGUUUAUCCACACUGAGCAGCACCACCUCUCCUUUGGCCUCUAUGGUGCCUUCCUCUCCCUCCACCUCUUCCUCCAGAGCCUUUUUGCCUUUCUGGAGCAUCGACGGAUGAGGAGCCCCUCUCGGCCACAGCACCUCCGUCGCACCGUGGCCCUCUGCAUAGCUGCCUUCCAGGAAGAUCCAGACUACCUGAGGAAGUGCCUGCGCAGCAUCCGCCGAAUCUCCUUUCCUGGCCUGAAGGUGGUCCUGGUCGUAGACGGGAACAGGCCUGAAGACCGUUACAUGAUGGACAUUUUCCAGGAGGUGAUGGGCGGGGCUGACCAGGCUGGAAGUAUGGUGUGGAAGGGAAACUACCACAGUGAUGGGAGUGGUGUAGGAGGUGUCGCAGACGGAGGGAGAAGCACAGUUCACAUGGAGGAGGCAGCACGAGUGGCUCGGCUGGUCAGAGGCUGCCGCUAUUCCUGUAUUAUGCAGGAGUGGGGAGGAAAGAGAGAGGUGAUGUACACUGCCUUUAAAGGACUGGGGGACAGUGUGGAUUAUGUGCAGGUGUGUGACUCUGACACAGUUCUAGACCCAGCAUGUACCAUUGAAAUGCUGAAGAUCCUUGAGGAAGAUCCAAUGGUUGGAGGAGUUGGUGGAGAUGUACAGAUCCUCAACAAGUACGACUCGUGGAUCUCCUUCCUCAGCAGUGUUCGCUACUGGAUGGCAUUCAACAUUGAGCGAGCAUGCCAGUCAUACUUCGGAUGUGUCCAGUGUAUCAGUGGCCCUCUGGGGAUGUACAGGAACUCCUUGCUCCAGCGCUUUCUAGAACCCUGGUAUCACCAGACCUUCCUUGGCUCCAAGUGCAGCUUUGGUGAUGAUCGCCACCUCACCAACAGGGUGCUCAGCUUCGGCUACAAGACGAAAUACACAGCGCGAUCACAGUGCCAGACUGAAACGCCAACCGAAUACCUGCGUUGGCUUAACCAGCAAACUCGAUGGAGCAAGUCUUACUUCCGUGAGUGGCUCUACAAUGCCCUGUGGUUCCACAAGCACAGCCUCUGGAUGACCUAUGAGUCCGUGGUCACUGGCUUCUUCCCCUUCUUCUUGGUUGCCACGGUCAUCCAUCUCUUCUACCGUGGAAGGCUGUGGAACAUCCUGCUCUUCUUGUUAACGGUGCAGCUGGUUGGGAUGUUGAAGGCUACUUAUGCCUGUUUCCUGCGUGGCAGUCUGGUCAUGAUCUUCAUGUCACUCUACUCUCUGCUCUACAUGUCCAGCUUGCUCCCUGCCAAAAUAUUCGCCUUGCUCACCAUCAACAAGGCUGGAUGGGGCACUUCAGGACGCAGGAAGAUUGUGGUCAAUUUUAUUGGUGCUGUGCCUGUCACAGUGUGGACUAUGGUGCUGCUCGGAGGUGUGGUGUAUACAAUCUAUUGUGAAACACAGGAGCCAUUCAGUGAGACAGAGAAAGCAUUAUUGAUAGCAGGGACAAUACUCUAUGCCUGCUACUGGCUCAUUCUGCUGGUGCUCUACCUGGCAAUCGUAGCCAAACGGUGUAACAAAAGGGAAGAGCAAUAUCACCUGCCAUAUGCUGAGGCAUAAACCUACUACCAGAGGGACUGGUAGGGCAUUUGCCCAUAAGUUUCACUGCAGUAUGAUUCUAGCAGGGUCUCUAGUGACCCUUUGAACUGCUAGAGUGAUGGCCUAUGCACCAGGAAUGCAGUCAUCUUAAUCAGCUGUACUACAAAGGUGUGAAUCUGAAAUCUGAGCAGCAAGAAUCUGAUCCAGUUGUGGGAAGACUUGGAGAUCCACACAGCUCUUCCACUUAUAUCAUGCUCAAUGGUGCUUCACAUUGAAAAACCAAACCAAAUGGAACUGAUCCAGGUUAUAAAGUGUUUAUACACUUGUAAUAAUGACACGCUCAAAAGAAAUUUAGGUAGUUUAUGGGUUCAGGUUAGCUGUAUAACUGUGACAUAAGGGUGCAGGAUGGUGCUUUUAAUGAUUAUAAAGCAAGAUAAGGGACACAACAGACUAAGGAGACAUAGAGUUCUCGAUUAAUAGGUGGUUCAUUUUUUGUGUUCUUCAUUUUAAUAUAGAUGAGAUGGAAUGAAAUGUGACGGGACUGAAAAUAGAUUUUAAAAAAUAGGUUUAAAAAAAAAAAGUUUUGUCAGAUUAGUCAAAGCACUACACGAAUGGAAUCUUAAAAGUGGUGUAUUUGCUUAGAAAGUCAAUGGAACAAUGCAACUGGGCAUAAACAAAUGGAAAUUUGUUCUCUGCGGCACAAAUCAAGGCAAAGAAGUAUCUGAAACUUGAAACAUAUUUAACUCUAGUAUGAAAGUCUGUGCUAAAUUGUGACGCCUUAUGAUUCUAUUUUAUUACAAUAUAGAAAAGAGAGAAAGCAACAUAACAUAAAUAACUUGGUGAAUUCUGAGAUUAGCCAGAGCUGACACACAAACACACACAUCCAUUCUACACACACAUACACUGUUUAUGCAUGAAUUCCUAGCUAGCCACAGCCAACAUCUAUACAUUUGGUACACUGACCAUUUGUGAACAAUAAACAUUGGCUGCAAAAACAGUCAAGUGGUCAAAUUGGAACAAAAUCUUGGUUUGCGUUCUCUCUCUACACCAGUGAUCAUUAGGAUUGGGUUAAGUCUAUCUUAAAAAAUACUCACAUGCCAUCUGUACAGUGUGGAUGGGCACAUAGAAAAUAAGGUGGGUCUAGGUUCUGAAAUGUAUAUGGUAACCAAAAUAGGCCAUUACAACUAUACUUGACUGAAUGCACCACAGUUUAAUUAUACAAGCAUCAUCAUCAUCAGAGGUAAUGUUACAGGCACCAAGAUGAACAUUAACAGCAUCACAUAGCCUGGCACUGUGGUCACAUAUUCAAACACCGACACACACUUACACACAAACAAAGAAACAGACACGCGCACACACACACACACACACACACACACAGAUGGCAGACGCAGCAACAUGAAAUCCAACUGUACACCCAACAAAAUUGUACUGAAUAAACAUUAAAUAGGCAAUAGAUUGCUCCAAAUUUGUGAAUUAACUCACUUUUAAAGAUUACAGCAGGAGGUGACAGGGCUUGGUGUUAUACACUGAAAUAUUUCAUGGUUCAUAGUCCAAUGCCAGUUUUUACCUGACCUGAAACUGGUGCAGGAGUAGGUGUCUGGUUUGAGAAGGACAUCUUUUUGUGACUGCUUUGUUUCACAAGGGUUUGACCUACAUUAAUAGGUACUAGCAAGGGGAAAGUAGGCUUCUGUUCCUCUGUGCAGCAGUGUGGGCUGUACACAGUGAAAGAGAAGGGGUUGCAUGUAUGAAAUGCACUUCCACUCAAAAGAUUUGACCAUGAUCGUUUAGUAAACAAAAAGCAAUAACAAGAACUGUUUUAUUUCGAUUGGUUGCAUAGGCAGAUCAUUGAAACUGGAAGAUCCAAGAAAAAAGGAAGAUUUCUGAUAGGGUGGGCCUGAGUGCCAAGUAGGUGGACCCAGGCCCACCUACACUAACAACAAUAAGGAUAUGAUGACUUAUCGUACAAUAAGGUAAUUAUCAACAUCAUCAUGUCUAUGUAUUGACUUCUCAUAUGAUACAUGGACAUGACCUUGAUAAUCUUUUUUACCUCAAUAUUGCAACACUUCAAAUUAGCAGCUAAGAGUCUAUUCAUGUCACAUUGACUAAGCUAGUAGUGUCCUCCAUUCCUCACUGUGUACGUCCUGAGUGGAGACUGCAGAGGCAAGCAGCGCCGCUUAUAUGAAUUAAAGGUAAAUAACUCUGUCCCAGCCCAUAAUGACUCUCUGUUUUUACAGAAACGUAGCGCCCACUCUCCAAUCCCACCCCCUGCCCCCUUUGCAUUAUUAUGCUAUUAUAUUGUCAUUAUAUCAGUGGUAUAAAAUGAUCUUCAGAUGACAAUAAUAUCAUUUACCGCAAUUAUUUCUGAGACAAUAUAUUGUCCAACAAAAGUAGUUAUCAUGUUAGCGAAACUGUUUGGGUUUUUCCCUCUUUAUGUGAUAUUUAAUACUAGUCCAAUGUAGGUUUGUUGCUGUAACAAAAUAUAGAAGCCUUUUAUUAGGCUUCAGAGGAACUUCACAAUGCAUAAAGACAGUACUACAGGUUGUACUCCUCAUCUUUUACAGUGUAUGUGUGUUAGGAAGGUACGCAGCCGGUAUAGAGAAGUGGAAUAAUGAGAAACCCAGAACUCUUUCGACACACUGUACAUAUGGGCAUGUGAGUACUGGAUAAAGAUAGACUAGAACAUUCUGAACUUCUGAUCUUCUAAAAGUGUCCAUAUAAUGACAGAGACUGCAGCCAAAAAGUCACCAAUAAACAGAAAAUGCAGAGAAUAUGAGAAGUUCACCUGUCACACACAUUGAAAUUGGUUAUAAUAGUGUGGAUGUGUUCAGAGUAGAGGCUGAGACAGCUCUGAGAUCAGUCUUUAUCAACACUCUCAUCAGCCAUGAACAGCACAAUCAUCUGCUCCAGCUGUAAUUUUGUGAAGCAGCUAUGAUUUACCAGAAAAGACAAUCUCAACAUUUCUGUAUAUGUGACAUACAGUUGUAUUUUUGGUGCUGUUGAGCAGUGUCAAAUGAUUAACUUAUUUACUGUACAUCCUGGUCCAAUUCUCAGUUUACAAUCACCAGUGGGUCGUAGUUUCAUACAGUGAUUCAAAGAAUUUUUAUAUGGUUACUUUUAUAUACUGUAAAGGUGCCAAAUCAUGUUUGUGUAAUAGUAAAGUUUUACUACGGGACACUAUUCUCUUAACUGUGGACAUCUGUGUCCUUUUUACGCUAGAUGUAGACCUUGUCCAUUCAUUCCAUCAUCUACAGUGUAAAGACUAAAGACCAAAGAGAUUUCUUCUAAAGUGAGAAACUUGAGAGUUUUGCCUUCACUCUGUCUUUUUGUCUGUGUUUUUCAUGCAAAUGAUUUCAGCUCAAUUUCUAAAAGAUAUGUUUAAAGACUUAAACAUCCAGUCCAUGUUUCAAGUGUGAGUAGUAUCAGCAUAUGUGUUUUCACUGACAUACGCUGUUUUCAAUAAGCAGCGGACAUUUCCUCUGUGUCAUAUUGUUUUUCUGAGCAGUCUGUGUAAGUUGAAACUUGAAUGUUUUAAAAGGACACAUACAUUAAAAGAACAUUAUGUUUA